UUAUCAUGCGAUAACUUCCUCUCAUCAGUCCAUCCCCUCCCCCCUCUCUACCUCUCUCUCUCUCUUGCUCUCCCUCCUUUUCUGGUUGGCCCUCUCCCAUUUUCUACUACUUCCUGGCAGCAGACAGAUCAAAGUUUUUGUUCCAUUACAUCUCCAAGUCUCUGUCUUUUGUCUCUGUUUUGUCCGGUGACUGUUGUGACUGCUGCUGGAAGGGAGGGGAGCAGAAGUCUGAAUGCUUUGGGUCCUGAACUAUUUCCUGGAGGCUCUCAGGAUGGGAAUCUUCACGUUGAUGACCGGGCGGGCAGGCCCGAGCGGGUACGGCUCCGCCACCACCGCAGAGCAGGUGACUCAGGGGGCCGAUGCCUCCGGUCUCAACGCCAUCGUCACUGGUGGAGCAAGCGGUAUCGGGUUGGAGACGGCGAGGGUGCUAGCUCUUCGCGGGGCCCGCGUGAUCAUCGCAGCGAGGAACAUGGAAGCUGCAAAUGAGGCGAAACAGAUCAUCCUUGAUGACUGCAAAGCCGCCAAGGUCGAUGUCCUCAAGUUAGACCUAUGUUCCAUGAAGUCUAUUAGAUCAUUCGUGGAUAGCUUCAACGCCCUUGAUCUCCAGCUCAACAUCUUGAUAAACAAUGCCGGGAUAAUGUUUUGCCCCUUCCAACUCUCCAAAGAUGGAAUCGAAACUCAGUUUGCGACUAAUCAUAUUGGCCAUUUUCUCUUAACAAACCUUCUCCUGGAUAAAAUGAAACUCACAGCAAAACUCACUGGGAUUGAGGGUCGGAUUGUGAACUUGUCGUCGAUAGCUCACGUUCACACUUAUGAAGAAGGGAUUCGGUUCGAUAAGAUCAAUGAUCAACUUAGUUAUUCUGACAAGAAGGCGUAUGGUCAAUCCAAACUAGCAAACAUUCUUCAUGCCAAUGAGCUUUCUCGUCGCCUUCAGGAAGAGGGUGCGAACAUCACGGUCAAUUCUGUUCAUCCAGGACUUAUCAUGACAAACCUUAUGAAACAUUCCAUUGUUCUUAUGAAGAUUCUGAAGCUGCUGACUUGCUUAUUGUGGAAAAAUGUUCCUCAGGGGGCAGCCACAACUUGCUACGUCGCCCUGCACCCAAACCUGAAAGGAGUGAGUGGGAAGUACUACGCAGACUGCAAUGAAUUCGACCCAAGUGCUUUUGCAAGGGAUGUGAAGCUGGGAAAGAAGCUCUGGGAUUUCAGCCACAAGAUGGUCGAUUCGGCUUCUCUGCAAUGAAAAUCAAAAGGAGCUGCUCCUUUUCAUACUCUUUCUACGACCUCUGAAGCACCAUUAGACUGAGCAUACAGUGGUAUUUAAAGUACAGACGGGGUCCCAAUUCUUACGCGACUGGCGUUCAUAGCCGGCGACCGAUAGCUCGAACUUGAAUGAGAUUACUUACUGCUUUGUACCAGAAUAGUUUUAUUUGUUGCAUGCUGCAACUAGAUGAUAUAAUAGUGAAACUCUUUGUCCCUACAAAUCUAUAUCCAUUUCGUCACAUUCUUCUGAUA